GUCUCAUGGUACCAAGUGACGUGUCCCCGCCGUGAGAUUCGCGCCCCCCAAUCUCCUGAGAAGAUGUCAGGGAUGCAGGCCGUUUGGCCAUCCGGUACAGAAUGUAUUGCCAAAUACAACUUCCACGGUACCGCCGAGCAGGACCUGCCCUUCAGCAAAGGAGACGUCCUUACCAUUGUUGCUGUCACCAAGGAUCCCAAUUGGUACAAGGCAAAGAACAAGGUGGGCCGGGAGGGCAUCAUCCCUGCUAACUACGUGCAGAAGCGGGAAGGAGUGAAAGCUGGGAUCAAACUCAGCCUCAUGCCGUGGUUUCACGGGAAGAUCACGCGGGAGCAGGCGGAGCGGCUGCUGUACCCACCCGAGACGGGGCUUUUCCUGGUGCGGGAGAGCACCAACUACCCCGGGGACUACACACUGUGCGUCAGCUGCGAGGGGAAGGUGGAGCACUACCGCAUCAUUUACUCCUCCAGCAAGCUGAGCAUCGAUGAGGAGGUCUACUUCGAAAACCUCAUGCAGCUGGUGGAGGUGAGGUCUCAGCUGCCAAUGGGAGCUGCCACCGCUCCUGUCCCCAGCCUGGGGACCAUAG